GUUCGUCAGUGAAGCAUUUGAUUUGGUCUAAUAAACAGCAGCCUAGUGCAAUCCGAGGAUAUAGCAACACCGAGGAUUACUGUGAGAUAGUGCCAAGUGCUAAAGUGAGUGUGCGUCGUGAACAAGAGCCGUGUAACCGCAUCCGUAUCCAGUAUCCACUAUCCAAUAUCCACUAUCCAUUACCCAUACGCACCGUUGACCCGUGACUGCGCAGCCAUGAAAGCCUUCAUCCUAAUGUCCUGUCUGGCGCUGGCCGCCGCUCGUCCUGAGGCGGGCUACAACUACAACCGUCCAGGAGGCGGCGGUGGAUCCGGUGGUGGAUUCGGAGGUGGCUCCGGCGGCGGAUUCGGUGGUGGCUCCAGCGGCGGAUUCGGCGGUGGCUCCAGCGGUGGAUUCGGAGGCGGCGGCUUCAGCAGCGGCGGAGGCGGUGGCUUCAGCAGCGGUGGAGGCGGCGGUGGCUUCGGAGGCGGUGGAUUCGGAGGCGGCUCCGGCGGCGGCGGCGGAUUCGGUGGAGGUGGCAGCAUCGGUGGAUUCGGAGGCGGCGGCGGUGGUGGCACCACCCUGGUGCAGAAGCACAUCUACGUGCACGUGCCGCCACCAGAGCAGGAGGAGGUGCGCCAGCGCCCCAACCUGCCCGUCGGCCAGUCGCAGAAGCACUACAAGAUCAUCUUCAUCAAGGCCCCAUCGCCACCCUCGUACCAGGCUCCGGUCAUCCCACUGCAGCCCCAGAACGAGGAGAAGACCCUGGUCUACGUGCUGGUGAAGAAGCCCGAGGACCAGCAGGACAUCGUCAUCCCGACGCCAGCGCCCACGCAGCCAUCGAAGCCGGAGGUGUACUUCAUCAAGUACAAGACCCAGAAGGACGGCGGCGGAUCCUCGGGCGGCUUCUCGGGCGGACUCUCGGGCGGCUCCGGCGGCCUCUCCGGCGGACUCUCCGGCAGCCUCUCGGGCAGCUCCGGCGGCUUCACCCAGACCAACACCGGCGGCGGGUACACCUCCGGCGGCGACGGCGGCUUCUCCGGCGGUGACAGCGGCUCCAUCUCGGCCCCGUCCAGCAACUACGGACCGCCCGGCAAGUCCGGACCCUACUAAGCAGAUCCUCAGCCCAUCGAGAACUCUCCACUGCGAACUUCGAACUCGGCUCAAGCUGCUGACUAGUCCUGUCGUUGACACGCCCCCAAAACUCUCGCUCGAGAACCGCAUCAUCCACAUCACACCCAUUAACCGCCACAACACGAUCUUUGACCACCAUGUGUCCCCGAAUUAUCUCAGACUUUCAUCUCCUUCAAAGGGGCGGCGCUUUCGCCCACGACUUUUGUACAUAAAACGUUUUCCUCCUUCUCCUCCUUGCGCUCCUCCUUCAUUUUCACUCACUCUGAACUAACAUCGCUGGCAUCUCAGCGUUUUCACCUUCAACUGAAUUAGAGUCUAACCUUCAGCCCUGCCUGGGAAAUUCUAUUAGCUAAUAGGCGACAAGGGCGGGUUCCUUGGAUGGGAACCUCGCUUGGCGCCCGGAAGAGCGAAUGAUGAUAAUGAUGAUGAUUUGUAGCAGAAGAUGAUUUAGCGGGCCUUCACAUGCCCAUACAUAUAAAUAUAUACUUUAAUUAUACUAGGCCUAAGUACUUUAUGCACAAAAAAAAAAACAACGGUGACAAAAUUACGAAAAAAAAA